AUGCAGGCUCUCCCGGAAUCCCGUCAACAGACGUUCGAAGAGAUUUACGGUCCUCCCGAGAACUUCCUCGAGAUCGAGGUAAAAAACCCUCAGACACAUGGCUCCUCUCCUCGAAACAUGUACACCUCCUAUGAAAUCCACACGCGCACGAACAUCCCAGCCUUCAAGCUGCGGCAUUCUGUGGUUCGCCGCCGCUAUUCUGAUUUCGAGUACUUCCGCGACAUCCUAGAGCGGGAAAGCGCGCGGGUCACAAUCCCCCCGUUACCCGGCAAAGUAUUCACCAACCGCUUCUCUGACGAUGUCAUCGAGCAUAGAAGAGAGGGUCUCCAGCGGUUUCUACAGAUUGUCGUGGGUCACCCACUUCUGCAGACGGGUAGCAAAGUUUUGGGUGCAUUCAUACAAGAUCCUAAUUGGGAUCGCAAUGCGUGGUAG